GACAUUAAAUCCAACCUGCCUCCAUCUAUACGCAGCGCCCAGCCCCAUCAACCUGAUCUGAAGAUCGAAAAUAGGAGGGCUUAUAGUAAUCAGCCCUCAGACUCUCAUGACAAGGACCAGCGUGGCAACGCUGUGGCAGCGCUCGGCACACACGGCAAGAUUCCCGUUGGGGCUGCGCUCUCUGCUCCUGCUCGAGAAGACGGCGCGCACACAGACAGGAGAGGCGCGGGGACGGUAGACGCAUCCCCCUGACGGAUGCAUCUUUUUUUUUUAGCUGAUUUCCGACGUUGUGGAGCCUGACAACAACCAAAUAUAGAGAAGAACUGAUUGGAUUUUUGCUUUCUUUUUUUGGAGGGAUUUGAAGAGAGUUCCGUUUUACCUUCGUCUUCUCCGGAUGCUCAGAAAUGGGGGAAUGGACUAUACUAGAGAGGCUCCUGGAGGCUGCUGUCCAGCAGCACUCUACUAUGAUAGGAAGGAUCCUACUAACAGUGGUGGUCAUCUUCCGGAUUCUAAUCGUAGCAAUAGUUGGAGAGACUGUGUAUGAUGACGAGCAGACCAUGUUUGUUUGUAACACCUUACAACCGGGCUGCAACCAGGCAUGCUACGACAAGGCAUUUCCCAUUUCACACAUUCGAUAUUGGGUUUUUCAAAUAAUCAUGGUUUGCACCCCGAGUCUUUGUUUUAUCACAUACUCCGUGCAUCAGUCGGCCAAGCAAAAGGAGCGACGGUACUCGACGGUCUAUCUGACAUUAGAUAAGGAUCAAGAUUCUCUGAAGCGAGACGAGAGCAAAAAGAUUAAGAACACCAUUGUCAAUGGAGUACUUCAGAACACGGAGAACUCAACCAAAGAAGCCGAGCCGGACUGUUUAGAAGUAAAAGAGAUCCCCAAUUCGGCCAUGAGAACUACAAAGUCGAAAAUGAGGCGACAAGAGGGCAUCUCCAGGUUUUACAUCAUCCAGGUGGUUUUCAGAAAUGCGCUGGAAAUAGGCUUUUUGGUGGGUCAGUACUUCUUAUAUGGAUUCAACGUCCCGUCGGUCUACGAAUGUGAUCGCUACCCCUGCAUUAAAGACGUCGAGUGCUAUGUAUCCAGACCCACGGAGAAGACCGUGUUCCUGGUGUUCAUGUUCGCAGUCAGUGGCUUUUGCGUGGUGCUGAACCUGGCAGAACUCAAUCAUCUGGGCUGGAGGAAAAUCAAAACGGCCGUACGAGGAGUGCAAGCCCGGCGGAAGUCCAUUUAUGAGAUCAGAAACAAGGACUUGCCCAGGAUGAGUGUGCCCAAUUUUGGCCGCACUCAGUCCAGUGACUCUGCGUAUGUGUAACACAUAGAGAUGAAGGGAUGAGAAACACGUACAGACCAUGAUGGACAUGCCUAAUUCGUAUCAUGACUUUAAGAGUGGGCAAUUUUUUUUUCUUUUUCAUUUAUUUGUCUUUUAUGGACUUCAUGGCAAACGUGGAUUAAACGUUUGUUUACUUAUUUAUUAUUGCACUGACGCAACUUUUUAGUAACGUUUAUACUCUGUAAGAUGCUAAAUGGAGACCAUGUCAAAGUGUUCACAGAUUUACUCUCAUUUGCGGGCUGCUCUGCUGUACUUGAAGAGGGGUAAUGCAAAAAAAAAAAAAAAAAAAAAAAAGGAGAAAAAAAAUGCACUGGAGGUGAACACUUGAGAGCCUGAUCUUAUCCAGAUGUGCUUCUGACAUGACAGUGUUUUUUAAGAUAUUUUCUUUCCACCUCUUUUUUCUUGCGUUGACCUUGUUAAAUGGCACAAUUUAAAUUAAAAGAAAAUUCUACCAUCCAGAUUUAUAUAUGCAUAGAUAUAUAAAUCCUUACUAUGAUUCAGCUUAGAUAAAAUGCAUCAGCUUAAUUCAUGUUUUUUUGUUGCCUGUGUUGCACCACUGACCUUAACAUAUGUAACCAUUCCAUUGCUUAUUAGCUAACUUGCAAAACAGUAUCUGUUGAAUUUGCUGCAAACGCUAACGUCUGUGACUUCCUUAAUUUAUGACACACCAAAGCGCCCACUGCUUUUAUUUGUGAAGUGUUUUCUUGCUCUUUGUGUAAUCAAGUGCCAUACUUGUAUAUAAGACAUAAAAUAUAUAUAGAUGUGUAUACAUAUGAAUAUAUGAAUAUAUCAUAAUAAUUAUGAAAGCUGAUUCCCUGCUUGGAUUAUGCUUAAAACUGACCAAUUUUUUUUUAUUUGCUCUAAAUGUAUUGGUUGUGAUUUCAAUUAAGAAAAGAAAAUAUACAGUUUUAUCUGUUUUAUUUUGCAAAUGACUGAAAAAAGAUAUGAAGUGCUAAUCUUUUUUUUUUAUAUACAAGAUUCUCCCUAAUCAAAGCUGAUCAAAACUGAAAAAUAGCACAAAUUGACAUUUUUAUCAAAGAAUGGGCAAUGGAAAUCUGCUCUGGUGCUACAGUUUUUCAUAGAAUGGUUUUAAAUGUAACCUUAACAGAUCAGAAAGAAAAAAACAUCAUCUUUUUUCUGUGGAAAAUAAAAGUGGGAUUCAUGUACACCAGAAAUGUGUGAAGU